CUAACUAUCGACUCUCGACCAUUUAUAUGAAAACGUCACAUUCACGUGUUCAGAAUUGUGACAGUUUGUAGUGGGGAGGAAGCAAAGGUUGUUCAAUAUAAAGCAUCAGUUGGACUGUUAGCGGUUUAGUAUUAUUGAAGUUUGCUGCUGAAGAGGAUACAAAUCAUUAAAUUAUUAUAGUAAUUAUAGUGUGGAACAAGUUUUUGCCUUGUCAUUGUUCGCUGAGAGAGGACCUUGCUCAUCAAUAUGGGUCUUCGUCUCUUUGCAUCCUUAUUGGCACUAUGCCUUUACGCAUCAGCAGCCAGUAUUGACGAAACAAAGAACUUCCAUCCACUUUCUGAUGAUAUGAUAGAUUACAUAAACAAUCUGGAUACCACAUGGAAGGCUGGAAGGAACUUCCACGAGCAGGUAUCGAUGGACUACAUCAGAGGACUGAUGGGAGUUCAUCCUGACAAUCACAACAAUCUGCUGGAGGAGUUGGUGGAGGUGGAGGGAGCAGCUGUCUCCGAUGUCCCUACGAACUUCGACUCGAGAGAGCAUUGGCCCAAUUGCCCCACCAUCAAGGAGAUCAGAGACCAGGGAUCGUGUGGAUCCUGCUGGGCGUUCGGUGCCGUGGAAGCGAUGAGCGAUCGCGUGUGCAUCCACUCGAAGGGCAACGAGAACUUCCACUUCUCGGCUGAGGACCUGGUCUCCUGCUGCCGGCUCUGUGGCUUCGGAUGCAAUGGCGGCUUCCCCGGCAUGGCGUGGCGGCACUGGGUGCACAACGGCAUUGUCUCUGGUGGCCAGUACGGCACUAAACAGGGCUGCGUACCAUAUGCAUUCGAACCAUGCGAACAUCACAUCAACGGGACUAGACCCGCCUGCAAUGGUGUAGGACCAACACCCAAGUGUGCCAAGACCUGUGAAGGAGGCUACAAUGUUCCCUACAAACAGGACAAGCAUUAUGGUUCGAAGGCUUAUUCGGUUAAAUCAGGCCAGGUUCAAUCGGAAAUCAUGAACAACGGACCAGUUGAAGGUGCAUUCACUGUUUACGAAGAUUUCAUUCAGUACAAGAGCGGUGUUUACAAGCAUGUAGCAGGAAAGGCACUGGGUGGACACGCCAUUCGUAUCCUUGGCUGGGGAGUGGAGAACGGAACACCCUACUGGCUGGUGGCCAACUCCUGGAACACAGACUGGGGUGACAACGGGUUCUUCAAAAUCCUCAGAGGAUCCGACGAGUGCGGAAUUGAAUCCAGCAUUUCUGCUGGUCUUCCAAAAGUCACUAAACAUUGAGUAAAAAACGACAAGAAUAAUUUCGAACAUUUGCUCAAACGAGAGAAACAAAAUAUUUUUAGAUUAUCUGGUAACUUUUUGGUAACUCCGUAUCUUUUUAGACACAGAGGAUUCCAGAACUGUUCUGUAAUGGACAGAUUCAUUUCAAACUGUCAUUGAAGGAAGCAUUCAUGUCAUUAAUCAGAAAUGCUGCCACUUUGAAGUGUAUCUCACUCUUGUCUUGUUACUAUUGUGUGUAAUUUUAUACCAACUGUAGACUUUUAGUUUGUGGUCUGAAUAUUAUUUUGUUUUCAACAAUCAAUCUCAGUAAUAAAAUAAAAUGAUCUUGAUAUUA